AUGGAUACAAUAGAACAUAAUAACAACGAAGAUGACAUACGUACAAAUGUACUUUCUGCAACAAAGGGCGAAAAUGUAUCACCUGGAGUCACUGGAUCAAGUAUAAAUGAAUCUGAUGUUCUUCGAAAACCUAGCGUUGAAAGCCCAGGUACCGCACAAAUAAAUAAAGAUGAACUCGUAUUUGCGCAUGAUGGGAGGCUGAAAGAAUCAAGUGUCGAAGCACCAAUAGUACGAAAUAAUAGUCAACAGGAACAGCACGAUCCGUCUGACGCUCCUGAACAGCUAAGUGAACCAGAGGGCACAGUAGAGGUGCAUUUUGAAGCCCUACGUAAUGCAAGUGAUAAUAAUGAAAAUGAAGAUGUGAACAGUUCUGAUCAAAACAGUAGCGACCAUGAAGAUACGGGCACAAAUGUUUCUCUCAACAUUGAUGAACUACCGGAUAACCUUUAUAAUGAUGACUUUUCAAAAUUGCUGGAAUUUGAUUCUAAAAAUGACGACGUUCUUUUCAAUGACCAUAACAUUUUAAACCAUGAUAUCGCAACAGAUGAUAUUAAUAAGGACAUUAGUCUUAUAGAUCCCCAGGUGUCGGCCACACUGAGAGAGCAUACGGAAGAAGACGUAGAUCAAGGCAAAGAUGGAUCAAGUCCCAGGGACACCACUGUUAAUGGUAUUGAAGAAAAUGACAAUAAAAGCGAAGGCAAUAGUCAUAGUAGUGACGAUGCUAUUGAAAAGCAAUCUAUUAGUGAAGAUAUUGAAAAACUUACGUUUAAGGAAUCGACCGUCUCCCCUACACAAGGUACACCUGUAAAAGCAACUGAACAUGAAACUUUAAAUGAUGAUGCAAAUGACGCGUCUCCAAGAAGCAAAAGUACAGGGGAUUUAGAAGUUAACAAAGACACACCGGCAUCCAUCAUCCACGAAAAGAAUAAUCUUCUGUAUCCACAUAGAAAUAACUCAUUGACACCAGGAACAUUUAAACCACACGAAUUAUCCAAUCAAAAUAUACAAAACUCUAAUUUAGACGUCAACACUAAGGAGGGACAAAUCGCAAAAUCUGGUCAAACUGCUCCUGACAGUAAUAUUAAUCCCAGUACUACAAUUAAUACUACGAUCCCUGAAGAGCAACCAACAAUAUUUGCAUAUGCAAGGCUUGACUUCCAAAGUUUCACUUUUUAUGUUCAAACGUUGCAUGCCAUAAUAGGAAGAAGAUCAGAAAAUGAUUUUACACAUAAAGUUGAUGUGAAUUUAGGUCCAUCAAAAUCUAUUUCAAGGCGACAUGCACAAAUUUUCUAUAAUUUCGGUACAGGAAGAUUUGAACUUUCGAUUAUAGGUAAAAAUGGUGCUUUUGUAGACGACGUGUUUGUUGAAAGAGGUAAUACUGUUCCAUUGAAGAAUAAAACUAAGAUUCAGAUAGGGCAAAUCCCCUUUCAAUUCGUUUUACCCGAAUCUGAAAAGAGUCCCGCUGCUGAAAAGAUAACUGACUCUACUAGUACUAAAGCAGCUAAAGCUGCUGUAAAAAAAGAGCCCAAGGUCAAAACUGAACCAUCACAACCAAAAAAGAAACAGCCAAAACCCGCUGCCAAGAAGGAGAAGAAACCUGCAAAGGUGCCUAAGAAAGUUUAUACAAUUGAUGAAAUUCCUGUCGAAUAUAGGACGAAACCAACAUUUUCAUAUUCUGCGAUGUUAACUACAUGUAUACGAAAAUAUUCCACCGAGAAAGGUAUGUCAUUAUCUGAAAUUUACUCAGGGAUAAGAGAAUUGUUUCCAUACUAUAAAUACUGUCCCGAUGGGUGGCAAAGUUCAGUAAGGCAUAAUCUAUCGUUAAAUAAGUCAUUUAGAAAAGUUUCAAAAGAGGGAAAAGGUUGGUUAUGGGGUUUGGAUGAAGAAUAUAUAGCGGAGCGAGAACGUCAAAAGAAGAAGCAAGCUGAAACUGCUGCAGCAAAAGCACAGGCGGCACAACUACGUAUUGAGCAGCAACAGCAACAACAGAAGGCAAGACCAAAGAAGACAGUCAAAGCGAAUAAUAAUACUAAUAGUAACGAUACGAAGAAACAGAAUAUAUCACAGACUCUUGCAGCAAAUAGAGCCAGGGCGUCGUCAAGUAAUCAAGGGAAUGAUCAUCAGAGGACAAUGAAAUAUCUUCAAGAACAAUUAAUGAUACUGACUAAAGAUAGGAAAGGUCUUCCAAAGCAAACCAUUGCGAACAUAUUAACACAGGCAUUAGCAAUGACAAUCAAUCAGGUUACACAAGCAGCUAAAAAUAAAGGCAUUACGGGUAAUCCCUUAACAGCAUUAAUGGAUAAGAAUCCACAACAUUUAAAUCUUAUACUUGCAGCAGCUGUAAAUGCAGCGACUGCCAAGAUUACAAAUGGUAAAAUUAAGCAGUUGGUUGAUCCAAAAAGUACAACCACAACCACGAAUAUUAGCAAACCAGUCAGUAAACCAACAAAAUCUACCUCAAAAUCGGUAUCGCCCGGUGUGUCGACUGAAAAGGUGCCAAUUGUUUCGGCAAAUGAACCAAUACGACCAAGUACGGCGUCAACAGCAGUACCAACAUCAACACCAUCUUUUGAUCCUACAUCAUUAUCAAGAUUUUUCCAGCCAAGACAACAAGCCACGAGACCGACACAUGUGACCACACCAUCUCCUACACCGCCUCUUAUGGCUAAGAAUAAUACUAGUAUACCGCAGAAACGUACGCAUGAUGAGACUAGUAGUAGUGAAGGAGAAAGUAGUAGUGACGACAACACAAGUGACGACGAUGACGAUGAAGAAGAUUCUAGUGGAGAUGAGUCUAGUGAAGACGAAUCUAGUGAAGAUGAAUCUAGUGGGAGUGAGAGCGGGGAAAAUAAUGAAACAGUGGAUGAUGGUGAUAAGGAUAAAUUAAGAUUAAAUCAUGAUAAGAUUGAAGAUGAUACUAAAUUAGAGGAGGAAGAAUCUGCUGAUAGUAAUGAAAAUAGCAGUAGCGAAUCUGAUGAUACGAAUAUAAACGUUAAUGAUAUUGCCGGUAAUAAGGUUGGUAACGAUUCGGAUGAAGAUAUGAAUGAUUGA